AUGAAUAAGACAGAAAUCGUCAGCCUCUCUAUAAAUGUGAUAUUAAUGCUGCUCGGACUGUCGGGAAACGCAAUCAUAAUCGCUGUGUAUGGUCGUAAGAAAGCCAAGAAAAGCACCGAUACGCUCAUUCUAUCCCAGGCCAUUCUAGACUUUACGGGUGGCAUUAUCGCACCAAUAGAUAUCAUCCGCACACUCGCUGACCCUGUCAAAAGCGAUGCCCUCUGUAAGUUUACCAUCUUUAUGCUCCGGAUCGUGGCGUAUUCGGCCCUCUACCUCACCUCCGCUAUCGCCGUUGAUCGGUGUAUACUCGUAAAGAGGCCGUUCGAUCGCCGUACCUCGCCCAAAACGGCCUUCGUUGGAGUGGUGAUUUCGGUGAUGUUCGCUGGCAUUUCGCAGUCCUACAACUUCAUUUACAUUGAUUUGGCGGACUUUGGAGUUUGUGUAAGGAAUGGCAUGCCAGCAGCCAUUGAAAUAUCUGUCUCUAUCUUGACCACUGCCUCCUUUGCAGUGACACUCGUUCUGGCAGUUGUUUGCUAUGGCUUGAUCUACGCCUCGAUUCGUUCUCAGGCUCGGGUACGUGCGGCCAUGCUGGAAUUGCCUCAGUCAACAGCUGGAAACAGUGCCUCUGUAUGCGAGAAUGCUACAAACUCCGAUUCAACCCACCACCAAAGUACAUGCAAUGGACAUGACAACGUAUUCAUUGCAGCAAAACACAAGGAUAACUUGGAAGCGUCCAUUUCUAAUAAAGACAGAAUCGCCCAUCCCGUACCCCAGGGGAACGACGAAGUAUUCACGAUAAGCAGUGGUGGGCCUAAUUUGGGCGCAACCACACCCAAGGAAAACCCUCACCAGUCACCCAAGAAGGAAAGAUUGGUGAAGCCACGAAGAGACCACAAGACAACCAAGAUGCUUCUUUUCACCACCAUCAUCAUUCUCCUGCUCUGGUUACCUUCCACUGUCCUCAACCACAUACCCGGUGACGUCCUCAUCAGGUUCCGGAGACAGUCUGCGGGGAAGAAUGCCCUCAUCUAUUCAUGCUUUGCCAUGAGAAGCAUCAAUCACGUCGUCAACAUAUUUAUCUACCUGGCCGUAAAUACGCGAUUUCGUGGGGAAUGUAAACAGCUUUUCAAAACAGUACGGUAA